GCUAUUUGGUAAGUUCCUGAGAACCUGGCAAAUAAUGGAAAAUGACUUAUUCAUAUCCUCCACACAGUUCUUUUAAACUACCUGCACCCACCUUUCCAUUCUUUUAUUAAACUAUCACUUUAUAUUAUUACAUAAACCAUAUAAUCGUCUAGAUAAUCAAUAGUUUUGAAUUGAACGCCACUAAUAAUUGAUUCUGAAAUUAACGAUCAGAUAAAGACUUUUUUGAAUUAACUUCAAUCAACCUAAUAAUAUUACAAACAAACUGUUAACCGAAAUCUCAAUAUACGUUCUGCAUAAGUCACUAACCAAUUUAUCCUAAAGUGCUGAAAGUCUGAUUCAGUCUCCAUACUAAUAACGACAAUACUGUCUAGGAUGAUAGUUUGCAAUUUGAUGGAUACAACACCAAAACGAACACACGCUAGUAGAGUUUAAAACUUUCCUUAUGACCUUGUUUUUCCGUGCAACUUUAAAGGCCAACCUUAGCAGAAGCUGAAAUAACCAAUGAGAUUUCUUCAUUUCGACUGGGAAGGUGGUUUUUUUUCCAUCAAGUACAGAGCCUUAAUUGAUGACUUCAACAGUUAAGAGAGUGAAGUUUAAAUUCACUUGUUUUUUCCUAGUCCAACGUCUCUAAAAUCGUUACAUUUGUACGUGGAUGCUCGCACACACACACACACACACACACACAACGUAUGCAUGCAUCCAUGCACAAUCAAAGAUACAAACAUUCACGUACGAAAAAAAAGGCUGCUCAAAGACACCAAAAGAAGCGAUCCUAAUGAUAAACCAAUGAAAAAUAUUAAAAAACGAAAACAAAAUAUAAUGGGAUUACAUGGAACGUGAUUGUUAAAAUAGAAUUUGUAUCCACCCGACUGAUCUUUCCUUAUCAUUAGACACAUUACAAAGUGGAUGCAUAAAUGUUAUUUUUAAUCCUGGAGGAAAUCCCAAUUUUUUCAACUUUCAUUUCAAAUGUAUAUUGAAUCAUCAGGAGGUUAUGGGAAGAAAUGGAGUGGUCGUAGUCAUACCGCAGCCUACUGUACAGACAAUCCAACAGUUGGAGGUCAUUGGGCUGGUGCUUCAGUAAAGGGUAAAACUCGUAAACUACUUGUAAAUCAACCACAGUCCAUAUCACAACCACCAUCAGGUACACUUUUACAUCACCACCAACAACAGCAACAACCAUCAAUGUUACAACAACAACAUUCCACUUUUCAUUCACUGAAUGGUUCUAUGUUUUUCAGUAACCAACAUUAUCCUCUUUUAAAACAUGCAGCAUCAUUCGGUUGUACUGGGGGAGGGCAGAAUAGUCUUGCUGGGCGGGAGUGGAUGGAAGAGAUGCAGAUAAAAUCAGUCUCAGAUAUUCAAACAGACCAGAUCACUCCAGAUCUAUUUUACUUACCUCAGUUGCCUAAUUUAAACAUUACCAAUGCUAUUAUUACAACUGCUCAUAAAAGUGGUAGCUGUACUAGUACGAACAAUAAUGAACUAUUUUGUUAUAAUGCUUCAAAAGAGCCAAAAACGUUGUCAAAAGAAAUAGCGCUACGCAUAAAAGAGAAAUUCGAUCAACGUGUAUUACGGCAUUUAGCAAAAUCCAGUCAAAAGUCUCAUUCUCAUGGAAAUGUUUAUACACCACAAUAUCAUCUACUAGCAGUAUUUUUAGUGAACAAAGGUCAUGUUGAAGCAUGGUAUGCCUAUGCACCAAUGCCUGGAAACGUUACUGGCCAAGAGGAACCAGGGCAUACUCGUUUAUUAGAGUUAACUCAAAGACGAUCACGACUAUUACAACGUUAUUAUUCAGAGUGUAGACAAUAUGUUGUACUGUAUGUGAACAGUAAUCACUCAGAACACUAUCUACCAAUGGGUUUAGCAAGUGACCCAACGAAUACAAGAAGUUUCAAACAUUAUCAAAGCAAAAAUCAUUCAUUUUCAGUACGUAAUGAAUUGAUUAGAGACGGGAAUCGAUUUUUUAGUCGACUUGUUAAUUCUAUACUUCCAAAUAAUAUGAAGUUGAUUAAUACUACCCGUACUACUAAUAGUACUGAUGAAAACAGUAGUAUGAGUAAAAGAACAGUCGUACAAACAGUUACUGAGACUUCUGAUUAUAUAGAAGUAACAAAUGAAACAGACAAAAAACAAGGACAACUAAUAAAUCAUCAGAAUGAAGAAAAACAAUUCAGUGAAACAGUACAGUUAGUCGAUAAAAUGAAUAUGAUUGUUCAUAAACCUAAUCUUAUGAAGAGAAUACUCGGACAUUUAAUUCCACAUAAUGAAAACAGUAAUAACGAUAAUAAUUACACCAAAGAAAGCUGUGCUAACAGUAACAAUGAGAAAGUUAACUUGAACUGUUAUAAAUCUUGUCUGUCGUAUGAAACAUGUUUUAUCAAACCCGAUUGGCAUCAGCAACACACAUGCCGAAUGGAAAAGGAUUCUGCAAUGGCUAUGACAGUGACAACAACAGCAGGUAUAACGGCUGUUGACACGACAGUUACGUCGACCAUAUACAUGGACAGUCCAGUUUGUGAUCUUCACAGAAAUGAUGAAAGUAAAGACUGUUCAACUUUAUUUCCCUCAAACACUGAUGAAUUGUUUAGAGUGAUUAGAAAAUGUACCGACAAAAAUUCAUAUGAAAAUAAUAAAGGCUAUGAUGAUGCACGAGGUGACAAUCUGUGUGAACAGAAGGAAGCAAACAACCGAAACAAACCGAACAAGAUUAUACUUCCCGUCGAUAAUGAUGCUGCUUAUGGUCAAGAUGAAAUCAGAGUUAAACAAACAGACAGACUGUCAGGAUCGGAAGAAAUAUGGCUACCUAAAUCAUUCCAGUUGUAAAUUUACCAUGAAUUACGAUAAGAUAAAAGUAGCUUACCUGAUUUUAAUAUGACAAGAAAAGGCAAAAGUGGAACAAGUGAAAAAAACAAAACAACUUUGUCCAGAAAAUAUGAAGGUAGGAAAGAAAAGAAAUCAUAAAAGUUCCAGAUUCCCUUUUUUUCUAACUAUCAAUUAGUUGAAUUAGAAUGUAAUCACUAGACAGGAACAAUAAUAGAACUUCAAUUACGCACUAUUGUCAAUAUAAACACUGAUAUUACAAGACUGAUGGUACCAUUGCUCAAUAACUUUGAAUAAAAACCACAUUUUCAAAUUGUCACUG